GCUGUCAGGCGUCACAAGAUGGCGGCGGCCAUACCGGGCUGCGCUGAGGGGCCGAGUGCGCAGGGAGUGGCCGCGCCCGGGGGCCGUCUCCGCCGCUAGUCCGCCGGGCGUUCGGGGCGCGGGGCCGAGGAGAGGCGCGCCGGCGGCGGGGAGGGCCCAGCCGAGCCAUGGAGAAUGCCGGCGGCGGCGGAGGAGGAGGCGGAGGCGCAGGUGGCAGCAACGUCCCCGCCUUCCUCACCAAGCUGUGGACCCUGGUCGAGGACCCCGAGACGGACCCGCUCAUCUGCUGGAGCCCGAGCGGGAGCAGCUUCCACGUCUUCGACCAAGGCCAGUUUGCCAAGGAGGUGCUUCCAAAGUACUUCAAGCAUAACAACAUGGCCAGCUUCGUUCGGCAGCUCAACAUGUACGGUUUCCGAAAGGUGAUCCACAUUGAGCAGGGUGGUCUGGUGAAGCCGGAGAAGGACGACACUGAAUUCCAGCAUCCCUAUUUCAUCCGCGGCCAGGAGCAUCUCCUGGAGAACAUCAAGCGGAAAGUAACAAACGUCUCUGGCAUAAAGAACGAGGACAUCCGCGUUCGCCAGGACAGUGUCACCAAGCUGCUGACGGACGUCCAGGUGAUGAAAGGCAAGCAGGAGAGCAUGGACUCCAAGCUAGUAGCCAUGAAGCAUGAGAACGAGGCCCUGUGGCGGGAAGUGGCCAGUUUGCGGCAGAAGCAUGCCCAGCAGCAGAAGGUGGUCAAUAAGCUCAUCCAGUUCUUGAUUUCGCUGGUGCAGUCCAAUCGCAUUCUUGGGGUGAAGAGGAAAAUUCCCUUGAUGUUGAACGACAGCAGUUCGGGGCAUUCCAUGCCCAAGUACAGCCGCCAGUACUCGCUGGAGCGUGUCCACAGCCCGUCCCCCUACUCCGCCUCCUCCCCUCCUUACGCCGGGGCGAACCUGUACUCCCCCGACUCCUCCGCCAACUCGGGCCCGAUCAUCUCGGACGUGACAGAACUGGCCCAGUCCAGCCCCUCAGCCUCCCCCAGCAGCAGCUUCGACGAAAGGGAACUGCGGGGCCAGAAAUUGGUCCGUAUCAAAGAGGAGCCCCCCAGCCCCCCUCGCAGCCCCCGGCCUGAGGAGGCCAGCCCCGUCACGGCUCCUGCUGCCGCCGAAACCCCCCUCUCGCCCGCCGCCUUCAUCGACUCCAUCCUGCAGGAGGAGGAGUCCGGCAGCCCCGCAGGCCCCACCGCAGGCAGCGUCCUCGUGCAGCCCCCGCCCCCCGAAAAGUGCCUCAGCGUCGCCUGCCUCGACAAGAGUGAGCUCACUGACCACUUGGACACCAUCGAUUCCAACCUGGAUAACCUGCAGACCAUGCUGACGACCCACGGGUUCAGUGUAGACACGAGCGCCUUGCUAGAUCUCUUCAGUCCUUCCAUGACGGUGACGGACGUGAACUUGCCAGACCUGGACAGCAGCUUGGCCAGCAUCCAAGACCUCCUCUCGUCGCAGGAGCAACAGAAGCCCACGGAGACAGAAGCCUCCCCAGCAGACGCAGGCAAGCAGCUGGUGCACUACACCGCCCAGCCCCUCUUCCUGGUGGACUCCAGCUCCAUGGACGUCGGCGGGACGGACACGCCCAUUUUCUUUGAACUGGGGGAAGGGCCCUGCUUCAUGGAAGGAAACGACUACUUGGAGGACCCCACCAUCUCCCUCUUCUCCGGGACGGAGCACCCCAAGCCCAAGGACCCGGCCGUCUCCUAAGACCCAGCCCGCUCCAGCGGGGAGAGAGACUACCCCGGCCAGCGGCUGCCGCCUCGCGUUGCUCCGACGCGGCCACGAGCUUCCUGAUCUCUCUGGGGCUCUCCAGGGACGCAGGGGUUCCGCUUGUGUGUGUGUGUGUGUGCGCACGCGCGCUUCACGAGGUGUCCGGGGGCCCUCUUCUGGGAUGGCGGCUCUGGGCAGGAAGGGGGGUCUCUGGAGAAGGCACGGGUGCACUGGGCAGCCGCCGCCCGUGGAGUCUGGUGAGCACGCUUGGCCUGCUGUGUCCCUGGUGAUCCCCGCGCCGGACUGGGGGGCGGAGGGAACGCCUCUGGUGAGGACGGACGUGUUGGUUUCGAGCGAGAAAUAAAAGUGUGCCCCCCCCCAUGGGGGCUCGAGGGCCGGGUCCCCUUCUUGUGUCUGCCGUCCUGGAGGCUCCCAGAGGUCGGGGGGCACCCGUGUGAGAAGUCGCCCCUCCCUAACCCCCCCCCAUUCCUUUUGGAGUGUCCCCCCAUCGGGGUUUGUUUUCCUUGGCUUAGCAGUAAGAAUUUGUACAUUCACACUUUGAUUGUUACUAGAAGAAAUUGUAUUUUGGAUUUUUACAUGAGAGAAGAAGCCCCCUCCCUCGUCCCCCCAACCUUU